AUGGACAUUCUGAUCCAAAGGAGAACAGAUUCGAGCGAUUUAGAAAUCGAAGAAUCCCUCAAACGAGCCGGAGCUUUUGUAGGUGCGUCGUCGUUUCACAAAACCACUCCAAAAAGGGGCUUAUUGUCGUCCUCCCCUCAAAAAGACCUAACAACCAACGUCAUCUUGAACAAAUGGCUCAACGAAAGAGAAGAUUGGCUCGAGAGGAAGAGAAGUGGAUUGAUGGUAGUGGCUUCGCUAAUAGCAACAAUGGCGUUUCAAGCGGGGGUCAACCCCCCCAACAACGUCUGGCAGGAAAUUCAGACGCCUGAUACGAGAAACUCAAAAGAUCUUCGUCAUUACCUAACAAAGGCGAUCAACCACCUUAAAAACUCCGAGCGGUUCUACUUGAUCAACACCACGAGCUUCAUUGCUUCUCUAAGCAUCAUAUUGUUGUUGAUGAGCGGAUUGCCGCUGAAACGGAAAUUCUUCGUUUGGGUUUUGAUGGUGGUCACUUGGAUUGCGAUUACGGCGAUAGCGCUUUCUUACACGGUUGCUGUGAUUAUAUCGACCCCGCCUAACAAAAAGGAGACGAUCGAUGCUAUGGUCGGGAUUACAGUGUUUGCGUGGAUUUGUUUGAUGGCCUUACUACUUGUUGGACAUACACUUCGCUUGAUUGUGAAGAUGAUUAGGGUGUUGUUCAAUUUGGUUAAGUGGGUGAUCGGGGCUUCGUUUAGGAGAAGGAAGAGGGAUAAUAAUAUUCGUUUUUAA